CGUAAACUAUCCGCGAGAACCGCAGUUCAUAGAAAGACGUCACUCCGGCCGUACACCGCCUUGGGAGUGGUUUCAGCUGGAUGCACCGCCACAUGCUGUAAGCGCUGCACCGUAUUCGACCUAGUCUUACGUCACGUUUCGGACCCCAUUCACCCAAAGCGUUGAGCACUCUCAUGCUUCAAGGUUGGCCUGAGGCUGAGGUGCAAUGAUAUGAUCCUUGUUGUGCUGAAGAGAGGACGCGACCAAUAGACGAGGGCCGCCACAGUAGGGCGCCACAAUAAGGCGGGCAGCAGCCACUGACACCCUCUAUCUCAGAAUGGGUUGGCCAGGUUUCGUCAGACGUGGAGCUUUGGAACAUGUUCGAUGGUUUCCCCUCCUGUCCUUCUAUUUGUAAAUCGGUUGGCCGCACUGCGACAAUAACAAUAACCAGACCACUACCGAGUUGGCAACGACUGCACGACAGCAGCACUUGGCCACAUGCUGUCCCCGAACGAUAUCGCGCCGAAGAGCAAGGCGGCUAGUAUCUGGUCAUUCGACUCAGGAUAUGGGUCUACUACCUUGGAGGAUGACGAAGCCUUCCAGGUACCUCCUUCGACCGGCCGCGGAUCCAGUUGCCAGGCAGACGCUGAUGUCCCUCGGGUCAACUAUCACGGAUUCUCGAGUACCCACCAAACACCUCCUCAGCCUACACAACAACCUAUCGGCUUAGGUCUCGGCAGCUUCUGGAAUGUCCACGUCGAAGACCAAUUACGUCUAACGAGACCGGAAUCUCCAAUUGGGCCCGUGACCACCAAACUCAACGUCUUUACUACGAAAGUAGGUUCGAGCACCGACUUCCUUUGCCCACCUUUGAGCGACAGCCAAGACACUUGUGUGACUUGCCAGCUAUGGAACAUCACGAAUCCUGGGGAGAACCUCAAGUGCAAUGACUGCCGCGAUAAGAACUUUAUUGUACCUCAAACACCCCGAUCGCAAGUCCAAAACCUGAAAGCGAAACUCGACGUACCGCGACUUGAGAUUCCAUAUAAACAACAACCCCGUAAGCAUUCUAUUAACAACAAUUCGACACGAUGUUCAGCCUGCGAAAUUUCAUCGCUCAUUGAGCCCGACAGGCCUUCCGGCUGCGCCACUUGUAACCCGAACUCUAAUCUCCUAUCUCCGAUAUCACCAAACCUACCAUCGAAAGUGAAACGCUCGUGUGCAAGACGGCCUGCUAAACUUCCACCCCGUGCUUUGCAAUGUCUACAAGCCUGGCUUCUAGACAACCGGAACAAUCCGUAUCCCGGUGCAGAGACGAAGCGCUCACUUGCUCAAGAUUGUGGUAUCACUGAAAGACAAGUCACUACAUGGUUUACCAACGCUAGAGCGAGGCGAAUGAAUGCUUCAGUUGAUCGAUCGAACCCGCAAUCCGAGGAUGAAGGGAACUACGAAACUGGAUUUUCGAGCGUUGGAUCAACACCGAUUUGUACCAGCGGCCUUCCGUUCGGCUACAGGACUCCACUUGAUCGAAGAUGCUUGGAUACUUCCAACAUUGUUGCCAAUAGCUUUGAACAGAAGGCUUCAAGGACAUCCAGACGAGGGAAGAAGAAGGAUUACAGCCGUAUGAACACCAUAUCUCCCAUUGAUGAUCUUGCCCCUUCUAUUCCGCCGACACCGUUGACCGCGAUCGCUACUCGUGAGGGAAAUGUGCAGCAGACAUGGCAAUGCACCUUCUGUUACCAACAUAUUGCACCCAAAUCCUGGCGCCGUCAUGAGGAGACUCAACAUCGUCCCAAACGCAAAUGGACAUGCUUACUGAAUGGUCCACGCCUGACUCUGCCCUCUCGCUCCAAUCCUCGCACAAAUACUUCAGUUGUAUGCGCCUUCUGCAUGGCCGAAAAUCCGAGUGAAGAUCAUCUGCUCCGGUCGCACCGCAUCGUUGAGUGCACGAACAAGAGCGAAGAUGAAAGAACGUUUCUGAGGCCAGACCAUCUAAGACAGCAUGUGAGGAACUUUCACAAAGCAACUCUGUGGGAAGUGGUCCGAGAUGGGUGGCGAAAGGAUGGGCCAGGGAAAGAUGAGAUUGAAAACUGGGUAUGUGGCUUUUGCGACCAAGACUUAAAGACGUGGGACAUCAGGGAGACCCAUGUCGCUGGUCAUUUCAAGGACGGUAUGACGAUGACAGAUUGGAAAGAAAGCAAAAGACUAGAGCCAACAAUCGAAUCAUCGAAAAAGCGGCGCAACUCGAAUGCAGAGUACUCGAACAUGUUCACCAAAAUCGCUAGGACGCUAACACGCCGAUCGACUCAACAUCAACACGAGCAUAAAUCCCCAUUAACCACUCAAUUCGCCGACGCCUGGGAUUCGAUAACAACGUCCACAGACCUAUGUGCAGCAGAGUCAACUCUCCUACCUGACACGAUUUUCGACACUUUCAUGGCGGAAGUCUGCGGCAAUGGCGUUGACUCUUGCGACCUGACUGCCACAAGUUCGGGUGAACAGGUACCCGCUUCAAACGACCGGUAUGACUCUGCGUUUCACGAUGAAGAAGACAUGGGACUAGACUUCAAUACGCUGACUGAUGCAUUUUUAAAUGGGAGUUUUACGGAGUUUCAGGAACCUUGGGACCAACAGCUCGAGUAGAGACUUUGUUUUGAGUGGGAGCAAAUUUAUCCUGGUUUACUAUCGUUCCUCUGGUACUAUUUCUCUCCCAUUUCCACUACUUCUAUACUAGAGGGGGUUAUAUCUCCCCGUUUCUGGGGGUAGAGAAAGUUCGUCUUGGCAGCCAGAUUGCUAGCUUUCUGUUCUGUUAAUAUAGGCAGCAGUAUCGCUAUCAUAUAGCUAGAUUUAAUUCUAUUGUUCUGCGACUGACUAUCGCGGCUGCUUUAUGAGUUUACGGAA